AACACUGAUGAUAAAACGUCAGUUUGUCACUGACUUCGCUGUAGUAAGGUUGUCAUUUCGUCUAUCUGAUAACGUGAUAGAUGAAUGGAAAAUAAUUAACACCGUAGCAGCGAAGUUGAAGUGUUCAGUGAUUCCGAAUAUAUCGCCGCGUGUGUUAAAAACAAGUGUAAACCUCAAUACCAUCGUCGUUAAAACCGCCAUGAUCAAUGUGGGAAACAAAGAUGGCGGAAUAAUACCGUGAUCAUAACCAAACGCGUCGUUGUUUUGUAGCGUCGUGCGUUAUGUGCCGGGGAGGGCGCGGGCCGCAGCCGUGUCGGGGCGCGUGAGCGCGGGCGCGGGCGAUGGGCGCGCCGGGCUGAUGCCGCCGGCGGGCCGCGCGGCUAUGGCGGCCGAGGAAGCACGCCCGUCGCUGUCUCUGUUCACCGCCGUCUUCGAGUACCAGGCGCAGGGCGGGGACGAGCUGACCCUCCGCCGCGGCGAGAUCGUCGAGGUCUUGUCCAAAGACCCCAACAUCUCGGGAGACGACGGGUGGUGGACGGGAAAGAUCGGAGACCGAAUAGGCAUCUUCCCAGCUCAGUAUGUGACCGAGGAGGAUCCCCUGGCGGUGUCAUCGGUUAUAGGGGAUGUGGAUCCGCCUCAAGUGUCCUUCUCGGAGUUGAAACUGGAAGAAGUGAUAGGGGUGGGAGGUUUCGGGAAGGUGUAUCGAGGCUAUUGGAACGAUGAAGUGGUGGCGGUCAAAGCGGCGCGCCAGGACGCGAACGAAGACAUUGAGGUUAUUAAAGAGAGUGUGCUGCAGGAGGCGAAGCUGUUCUGGAUGUUGCAGCACGAGAAUAUAGUGUCUUUGAAGGGUGUGUGCUUGGAGGAGCCCAACUUGUGUUUAGUGAUGGAGUACGCGCGCGGGGGCUCGUUGAACCGAGUGUUGUCCGGCAGGAAGAUCCGGCCAGGCAUCCUGGUGGACUGGGCCAUUCAGGUGGCCCGCGGGAUGGCGUAUCUGCAUGUGGAUGCACCUAUAUCACUUAUUCAUCGGGAUCUCAAAAGCUCUAAUGUUCUCCUGAGCGAAGCAAUCCUUCCCGACGACAACCUAGAAGACAAGACGCUCAAAAUCACUGACUUCGGGUUAGCACGGGAGGUGUAUAAGACCACCAGGAUGUCUGCCGCGGGGACCUACGCCUGGAUGCCUCCGGAGGUGAUAAAGAACUCCACCUUCUCCCACGCGUCCGACGUGUGGUCGUACGGCGUGUUGCUCUGGGAGCUGCUGACAGGGGAGACACCGUACAAGGGUAUCGACGCGCUGGCCGUGGCGUACGGCGUCGCCGUCAACAAACUGACGCUGCCCAUCCCCAGCACGUGCCCCGAGCCGUGGCGGAAGUUGAUGCAAGCAUGCUGGGACUCAAGUCCGCGCUCGCGGCCGCUCUUCCCAGAGAUCCUGAUCCAACUAGAGCACAUCAGACAGUCAGAGUUUACGCGAGCACCCCACGAAUCCUUCCACACCAUGCAGGAGGACUGGCGAGUCGAGAUCGAGGAGGUUCUGCGGGAACUAAGGAGGAAAGAGAAGGAAUGCAAAACUAUAGAGGAGGAACUCCGAUGUCGUGAAGAAGAGCUCUCCCGAGCGCAACUCCAGCAGCGACUGAUCGAGCAGAACCUCGCGCAGAAGGAGCGGGAACUCGAGAUGAGGGAGUUUGAUCUCGCGGCCAGAGAACUGCACAUCCUUAUAGUUGCCAGCAACAUGUCCCAUACGCAGCCGCCGCAGCCUAAUAAGAGAAAGGGCAAAUUCAGCAAGAUCAAACUACUCAAGAAAGAUACGAUCUCCUCUCCCGUGGACUUCCGCCACACGCUCACAGUGCGGCCUUCGGAGGACGAGUCCAGCGUCAAGCAGCUCGUCGCCGUCGCCAAGGAUACUCCGCCGGGAUCACCCGCCAUCAUGCGAGCUAUCGCACUGCCGGCGGACGGCGUGAAGGGCAAGACGUGGGGCCCGUCGUCGGUGCACCAGAAGUCGCGCGGCCACCUGCCGCUGCCCGCGCUGGCGCGUCCCCGCCCCUCGCACCGCUUCUCGUCGUCCGCGCCCGACCUGCCGCCGCACGCGCCGCCCCCAGGAGCCUCGCACGACAACCUGCCCUAUGCCUGUUGUUUUGUUCCUUACGCAGACUUCAGCCCCGAGGACUGGGGCCCCGAGUACCCGCUUAGUACGUCGUCGCGGUACACGAUACCCAUGCCCACGCUUUAUAGUACUGAAGGUUACAAGUUCAAGAAGCCAUCGAUUAUUGAGCUGGUUCUCUACAACAUGGCGGCCCUCUUGGGUGGCGUUGCGGCCGGGUACGACGUCCGAGUCAGCAACGUCAGUCCUCUACAUCCCACCUUACAACCACACAGAGCGGAGGUGGAGCCGGAGCCGCCGAGCGCGUCCUUCGGGUUCGCGCACAACACCUACCACGGGCCCGCGCGCCACCUGCGCGCGCCGCUCGCCGCGCUCGCCGGCGCGCCGAUGACCAGUCUCCAAGCGGAAGAGCAGAAGCCAAUCAGAUUCACAGACUCCCCGAGCCACAACCCGCACCCCUCCUACUCCUCCUACUCCCACUCCGCGCAACCCCUCUCCGGCACAUCCGGGCUCGGCACCACCUACACCUCCACGCAGCCCCCCACCCCCUCCCCUAGAAGAACCUCCUCGGCCACCUCCGAACAUCUCGCCGAUCUCUAUCACAACUAUAGAGAAAAUUUCCAACCAACACAAGAACGGGACUUCUACUAUAGAGAACCUUACGGCUACGACAGGACAGCCGAUUACGUAGUCAAACAUCCAUAUUUCCCGUACGACGAAAGCUACGAAUACAAAGAACCCGCGCCGGACUAUAGACCACAGUAUUUAACUCACAGAAGAACACCGUCUAAUUCUUCAGCAACAAACUCACACGCGGAGGAAUUCUCCCCUUCGAGACAAUACAGUGGGAAAUACAGUAAGAGCGAAUAUCGGACGCCUAUAACAGAAUAUCCGAGGAAAUCCUCAGAUUAUUCUCUCCCUAGAGACUUCUACAGACAGGAGGAGGUCGAGCGCCCCGCUAAUUUAGGUUUAGAGCUCGCUCCAACAAAACUGCGUUCCAGUUUAAAGAAAUACAAUAAGAAAUCGAGCGCUUCGGGCGGCAGCUCCGGCGGGGGCACGCCCACGAACCCGACGCCGCCGGACAGCCUGACGAGCGAGACGGACAGCUCGUACGUGUCGGCCUCCGCGGGCUCGGGGUCGCGCGUGCGCUUCAGCCCGGAGUCGCUGCCGGGCGCCGCGGAGCGCCGGCCCUCCAAGCACUCGUAGCGAAGGCUCAAGAAGUUCGACGACUACCUGGUCUGACUGCACACGUGGUAGGUCACGCGUAUAGGUAAACUUUAGUAGGUAGCAGUUGAAAGUUUGAGGGGUGACAAAUCUAGAUGGCGCUGUAUGAUAAUCCUUAGCCUAGUUUUAUAUACAAUCAAUUCAGCUGCUCUUUAAUUCGAAACAGUGUAAGAAACACAAUAUGUAACUUCACGGUCAACUUCGUCAUAUAAGUUAUGGUUUUAUUUUAUUUUAUUGAG